AUGGCUCAAAGGACGCAAAGGACCAACCUACCCGAGAAUGUGACUGAUCAUCGUUUUUUACAAUUUCCGCAAACGCUGAACGAUGCUACCCGGGCGCGUUAUGUCACCAACUUGAGCUUGCUUCUCACCAAAGAGAUUGAUAUAGCGCCAUCAUUCGAUUGGGAAUUGGCUACUCGGAUCGGACUAGCUGCAUUGAUCCAGGGAUUUUUGCAAUACACGCACUCGGACGCGAGUGGUCUGGACUUGUUUGUGUGUCAGGGAUGGGCACUUUCCUAUGAUCCUAGGAAGGCAUCCGAUGACAGGACAGCUUUUGCCUUCAGACUGGGUGGAGUGAGCCGGGAAUGCAGCGUGAUAGAGCUUGCGACUCGAGUGGGUAUUUACACAGCCGAUGAGACGAGGAGUGUCCACUUCCCGACAUUCCUUGCUGAUUGUCUUACGGAGUGGCCAGAUGACUAUAACUAG